AACGUUUUAAGAUAACAAUUUUGUAUAAUCUCUGUACAAAUUCGUGUAUUGCUAUUUCUAAUGUGUUCAGGAUGAUAACGAGAUAAGAGAGGUCGGUUCUUUCUAUGUGUUAGCUGAUUCAUUCGUAGGUGAAGUUUGUGACAAAUCUAUAGUACGAAAACCUAUCAUAUUAUGGCUGAUUUUUUAUAUGAAAGUACGAUAAACUUUCUCUGGCAUGCAUUCACGGCCUUGGACACCAAAAGCUCUGGAACAGUUCCCAAAUCUAAAUUAAAGGUUCUUACGUCCAAUAUGGCUUCCAUAUUGGGUUUGUACGACCUAGAACAGGGUCUCGACCAUUUUAGAAGCACUCCUGGGCUUAAUUUUGACAAUUAUCAAUACUAUCUGCGCAAAGAAGUGUUUUCAGUUGUAACUGGUGACAAAUUAUCGUCGAAAAAUGCGCGAGAAUAUGAAUUGAAAAUAGCAAGAUUGUGCUGGCUCGUAUGUUGCAGAAAAUACUUAACCAGAAAGGGCCUCAUGUUGUCCGAAGACAGCCUUUUUAAACUGUUUGUAAUUUUUUGUAUGUCAAGUGAACUGAAAACAAAAUCUGGCGACUUGCGUCUAGUUACUUUGCACCCUUCUGAAGCAAUACACAUUGCACAAACAUUCGUAAACUCGUUGGGGUGUACGUGGGACGAAAACGAAUUCGUAGACGUUGCCAUCUCCCUGGGGUUCUUUCAAUUCGAGUCGUUUGUAGCUAUUUUGGAGACGCGUUGCUUCGGAACCAUUCAAAUAGAAGAAGCCGUAUCGGAGGCAAUAACAGACUUGUACGAAACGUACGUAGAAGACGUUGUCAAGAAAGGAUAUCUAUUAAAAAAAGUCAACUCUUCGUUACCGAUAAUGAAAGAGUACUGGUUCGUGUUGAAGCUUUCGGCUUUGGAAUAUUUCAAAAGCAAAAAUGAUAAGGCGCACUGCGGAUGCAUGAAUUUGGAAUCGGGCAUCGAAGUGCGAUCUAAAGAUGGAAACAGGUUUCUUGUAAAGAAUAGCAAAAGAAAAGUCGAACUUCAAACGAAAGACCCAAUCACAAGAUUGCAGUGGCUAUCAGCAUUGAAAAUUGUAAACGAUAAUAAUUCUGACCGGGUUCGUACCACAAAAGGCAGAAUAGAGAGGCAGCAAAGGUUUGACGAGCAACUUCGCAUCCAGUGUGACGUUUAUAGAAGAGAACAAACGACCCAAAUGAAGAUGAUAGCGAUGGAAGAAUCGAAACGCCUCAAUGAGUUAGAGCAACUAAAAGAGAAUUUGGAAAGGUUGCUAGUGGAAGCAAGAGAAGCUAAAAGGGGAGAAGAAAUCGUAAGGUCACUGCAAGCAAGGGUUUUGGCAGAAGAAUGGGAAAGAAGGGAAGAAUUGGAGAAGUUACAGAGAGAACAGAAAGAGCGAUUGGAACAAGAAGUAUCCAAGAGGAAAGAAUGCGAAGGACUACGACUAGAAAAAGAACUACAACUACAAGCUGCACAAAAGCUUCUGCAUCAGUUAGAAGAAGAAAAGCUCGAUGUGGACGCAAAACUUCAAAACGCUCUGGAAAAAAUUCAGAAAAUUGAACAAAACAAACAACUUUUGCAAAAUAAACUCGUACAGGUUGCUUCGUUUUUAGAAGACGGGUCAAAGGUGCGAAGGACGCUCUCCUUUAUGCCAACCACAAAAGAAAGACCUUUAAUACUAGAAAUAAGGGCGGCUGCCACUUUAAUGAAGUCUUGAAUGAAAUAUUCUAAAAUAUUUCUUUAAUUAAUAAGUACCGGUAAUAACUUAGAAGUUUAGUUGUUUCCUAACGUUUCGCUAGCACGAGGGCAAGCUUCUUCAGAGAUCUUUCCAUCUCCGAGUCCAUAUCCAGAAUCACCAACACACAACGACCUUUAGGUGUAUCAGGACAACAUCAGUUCACUUACUGACCGCGAAAGACUUUACCAAUUUUUGUCAGUUUAUUUUUUAUUUAUGGUUUUUUAAACCUUUAGAAUUAAUACUUAAUUACAACAAUUUGGAACACAAGAAUUGUUGAUAAUUGUUAGCCAAUAGCUUAAAAUCAUAAGACCGCGAUAGGUAAAGACAACAAAAACGAAGUGAGUUCUACUAAAAUUUUAAGAAAAUCGAAGGCGUGACCUUUAAAGUAAACAAUUAUCAAAUUGUUUAUUAAUUUUACGUAUAGUAUAAAUGAUGUUUAGUUAUUUUGAUAUUUAUUUCAUUUUUGUAUGUUGUUCAAAUCAGUAAAUUAGUUACAUAACGAAAUUGUUUCGAUAUUCAUCUACAUGUAAUAAAUUCUGUGGAUGUAUUUUGAAUUAGUGCAUAAGUCAAUCAGUAAAUAAAUUUAUACACAG